AUGAAGUUGCACUACCGCCAAUUCUGGCUCGCUGCGGUCAUGGCUCUGUGGCAGGACGCGGGUGCCAUGACCGCCAUGGAGCGCUACCGGCCGAAUAUGCGCGACGUCAUCCUCUGGCUCAUCGGCAACGGCGUAAACGCCGCUCUCCCUAUCGACCUUGACGAGGAUAUCGGGGAUGUUGGCUUGAUGAACGCACGCCUCAGCCUCGGGCCUAGCGCCAUGCCGGCCGCCGCUUUCGUCGCCAUCGACGACGAUCGGCCAACGUGCGCCGAGCCAGGCGAGGACCCGCUCGCCCUUGAGCAUGCGGCGGGAUAUUCGUACGCGUCGUGGGAGGCGCCGACCGCCAUGCAGGUUGUGUACGACGAUGACAAUCCAGAGAGCCGCGAGGCGCGACGCUGUGCACAGGCGGCGAGCGAGAUGCUCGUUGGCUACGCACGUGCUACCGACAUCACGCUGCGCAACCCUUGUGCGUUUUUCGAAAUUUGGAACCCCGUCAUCGUCGACCGCAUGGAGCACGCAAGCCCCGCCAUGAACCUGAACACGACGUCGUCGCCCGCUCCCCAGCCUGUCGCGUCCCCUACAGCCGCUCGUGGGCUGGCAUCUGUCGCCAUCACACCGGCUACCACUCCUCGUCGCCGCGGGCGCAUUCUACCAGCGUGGAUGUACGCGCCUGCUCCCAGCCGCCAGCAGCUGAUUGACUCUGGCGUUAGUGCCGUCAUGAUUGGCCAUGUCGAUGCAGCAAAGUGGAUGAUUUUGUGA